GUUCUGGCACUGAGUUCUUGCCACAGAGAUUCCUUAGGAUUUUUAAUUUAGUCCCUUGCGGCUGCAGGAGCAAUCCUGCGUGGCGCGCGCCUCUGCGCGUCGAACCCCGCCCCCUUCCCCGCGGGCUUCAGUUCAAACGACCCGGUGGGUCGACAGCGGAAGGGAGGGAGCGAAGGUAAGAGGCAGGGCUUGCCUCACUGGCCUCCCUCCCAACCCCAAGAGCCCAGCCCAUGGUCCCCGCCGCCGGCGCGCUGCUCUGGGCCCUGCUGCUGAGUCUGGGUCCCCGGGCGGCGGGGGCCCAAGGCCUGACCCAGACUCCGACCACAAUGCAGCAGGGGAGCUUACGCCUGGGGGGCCCCAUGACCCGCCGCUACCGGAGCACCGCCCGGACCGGUCUUCCCCGAAAGACAAGGAUAAUCCUAGAGGACGAGAACGAUGCCAUGGCCAACGCCGACCGCCUGGCUGGCCCCGCGGCUGCCGAGCUCUUGGCCUCCACAGUGUUCACAGGCUUUAACCGGUUGUCCUCCAGCAACGAGGAGGAUGGGUCUUUGGAAGAGGGGGUUGUGAUUAGUGCCGGAAAGGAUAACACCAGCAGAGCGCUUCCCGGUACGACUCCCAGUACAGCGGGGAGUUCCAGCACGACAUUCGUAGCCAAUAGUCAGGAGCCCGAAAUCAGGCUGACCACGAGCCUGCCGCGCUCCACCUGGAGGUCUACUGGGGCCCUGCCAGGCUCGGAGCCCACCCUGAGCCAGUGGUCCACAGCCGGGUCCACACCGAGCGGGUGGCCGUCACCCUCGCCCACAGCCACAGCCAUGCCCCCUCCUGAGGAUCUGCAGUUGGUGCUCAUGCCCUGGGGCCCGUGGCACUGCCACUGCAAGUCGGGCACCAUGAGCCGGACCCGGUCUGGGAAGCUGCACGGCCUUUCCGGGCGCCUUCGAGUUGGGGCUCUGAGCCAGCUCCGCACGGAGCACAAGCCUUGCACCUACCAGCAAUGUCCCUGCAACCGACUUCGGGAAGAGUGCCCCCUGGACACAAGUCUCUGUACUGACAACAACUGUGCCUCUCAGAGCACUACCAGGACCACCGUUACCUCCCCGCCCACCAUCCACCUCAGAAGCAGUCCCAUCCUGCCACCCACCAGCCCCUGCCCAGCCCUAGCUUUUUGGAAACAGGUCAGGAUUGGCCUGGAGGAUAUUUGGAACAGCCUCUCUUCAGUGUUCACAGAGAUGCAACCGAUAGACAGAAACCAGAGGUAAUGGCCACUUCAUCCACAGAGGAUGUGUCAGCAUGUCAACCUCUCUUGCCCUUUCAAUCCUAGCACCCACUAGAUAUUUUGAGUACAGAAAACAAAACUGGAAAAUACAUUGUUUGGUCUUGUGGGGUUUUUGUUUGUUUGUUUGUUUGUUUUUUUACAGAGGUACCUGAGGGAGGAGAGACAUAAAUCUUCAUCCCUAAGACUGAACUGUGUAAUUAGCAGCCUCUGGCUUGUUUCUACUCCCUGUCUCUCAGGAUAAAAUGUUGAUAUUGCUCAUUUUCCUCAUUUCCAACAUUGUUUUCAAACAAGUACUUCUUUUACAGACUUGAAAAAUCUCAAAUAAACGCGAAGAAAAGGGAGUAGGAAGAACAGGGAGCAGGGCCCUUGAAGGAUGGCAGUGGUCUUGCUUUCAUAGUGCUUAACCCUCUCUCCUCAAAAGGGCAAUGUUGGUAUAAAAUUCCAUCUCAGCCACUUUCGAGGAGUUAUCUUCAUCAGCAGUAUCCAUCCUUUAAUCCAACACACACCUGCAAUGAUUACUGUGCAACUAUUUUGCUUAAAUUUUUUAUUUGAAAAACGUAUUUAAAAGUCCAACAACUUUUUAAUAUAAAUUAUGACUCUCAAACCCAUUCCCAUCACUUUAUUAGUGAUGGUAGCAUACAUAUUAGAGAAGGUAGCUAAAGGCAAGAGAGCACCAAAGGAGAAAGACUGUGUCCAAAGAAGAGGUAUUAGAAGGAGGCUGAAUGAAUCCAGAGAUUCCAGGAGUCUCUAGCCUUUCUACCUAUCCUGUGAACCCUCUAGAUCUCUAGUAUAACACUCAGGCUACUGAGCUAUUUUAGGGCAACAAGUUGGGUUACUUUCAGAGCAACUAGCUUGACUAGAACUAAGAGUGAAUUGGGAAUGUGUGACCAAUCUUAGACCCUGAAAAAUGGCAGAAAAUACAUGGAAAUUUGAGGGAAAAAAAAAAAAUAGAACCUUCUACCUACAGUCACUAUUCUGUAGGUAAAGCACACUGAAUGGGUGCUGGAAUUGGCAGAAUGGAUACCAGUUCUUACAUUCCUGAACCCACUACCAUAAAACAGGAUGUUUGCUGUCGCAAAGCUAAUGAGACCCCAGCCUUCUUGUCUCAGAGCAGGAAGGAGCUCAUCUGUCUUGUUCUGCCUUCCUAAUUACCCUGGAAAGUCCAGAACGAAGAACACCUGAGAAUACUGAAAGUGCCGAAAGACCCCUGCUCCUGUGCUGUUUUCCCAUCUAAAGCCAACUCUUCAGCUGGGGGGCAGUGGGACCUGGUCUUCAGACAAAACUCCCUGAGUCUAACGUGCGUCUGGAUCUAGGACUAGGGCACAGAAAUAGAGCUUAAGAUUUGGCGAGGAUAAGGAGUGUAUCUAUGGCUUGUGUCGCCCCUUUGCCCAGUCCUACCAUACCCUGUUCAUGUCUCUACACUGCAGGAACCACUUCUCCAGAGUGGGAGAACGGAGGAGCAUGGUACCUGUCCAGAGCGACAUGCGAGCACAAGCAAAACACCGAAUAGAGGAUUGUUUGAAGAUUA